AUGACGCUUACAUGUCUCCUCUUUCUGCUCCUCCUCACAGGUGAGCUGGAUCAAUUCUGUAUGGCGCAUACAGGUGUAAGUGCCUCCAAUUACUCAGAGCAACCGGAGCGUCCUGAUAAUCAACAGAAGUCCAGCUACAGCUUUGAGGAAAGUGGAAGUGCCUCCAAUUACUCAGAAAAGACGGAGCUUCAGCAGAACUUCAGCAGGAGCUCUGAGGAAGUAGAUCGGAGGUCCUCCAGGAGAAGCUGCAGGGAUCGGGAUAUUUUGAAGCACUUAAAUUUGACCAAAAAUGAGGAGAUUUCAAUGACCCGGCCUGGUGGUAUUGAACCUACCCGGGUGACACUGGCUGUAGCACUCUAUGCUAUUCUAGAUGUGAACGAGAAGGACCAGGAAUUUGUUUCUUACCUUUGGGUUGAUACAAUUUGGAAAGAUGAUUUGAUUCAUUGGGAACCUGAAGACUUUUGUGAUAUUAAGGAGAUUUAUAUUCCUACUGAAGUAUUGUGGAAGCCAGAUAUAAUUAUUCAAGAAAUGACAGAGAAGGACAAGGCCCCCUCCUGUCCUUAUCUUAUUGCUUAUCAUCACAGUGAAGUCAUAUUUAGGAACAGCAAGGUGGUGGUCAGCACCUGCAGGAUGCAAGUUUACCAAUUUCCCUUCGACGUUCUGAGCUGCAACCUCACUUUUAAAUCUGUCAUACACUCUGACAGAGCAAUACAGCUUGAGAAUUGGUUCAACACUUCAGUGGCGACAAACUGGUCUCACGGGUUGAUACAGACCCAGUCCGAGUGGCUGUUCCUCAACAUGACCGUCAAAAACCAAACCGUCAACAAUUUUUGCUUUGUGCAAAGCACGAUCAUUUACACUAUCACCAUGAAGAGGCGAUCUGUCCUCUACAUCGCCAACUUCUUACUUCCCAUCCUGUUCUUCUUGUGUCUGGACCUGGCCUCCUUCAUGAUUUCAGACACUGGGGGUGAGAAGCUCAGCUUCAAGGUCACUGUGCUGCUGGCCGUCACUGUGAUGCAGCUUAUUCUCAAUGAAAUUCUGCCUUGCUCUUCAGACAGGAUUCCACUUAUAGCGAUCUACUGCAUUGGGAUUUUUGGUUUGAUGAUGCUGAGCCUAAUGGAGACGAUUGUGGUGAUGUAUCUGAUGGAAAAAGACUCUGCAUCCCAAGACAGCGAGGCAGAUAAAGACCACAGCUGGAGUGAGGACUGUGGAGUAAAACAGAGCAAAGUCAGCUUCCACAACUCUUUUAGAGAGGUUGAGAAAUUUUACUGUGAUGUGUGUCUUGGUGAAACGCCAUCUAAAGAGGGUAGCAGCAGCCAACUGCCAGAGGGGUGCCGUGACUCUGGAAAGCUCUCAGAUGAGCCGAAUGAGGCGAUGAAAACGUUGACUCUGGUCCUAAACAGCAGGAGGGAGGACAGGAGGCCCGGCUACUGGACCAGAAUGGCUCGAAAAAUCAACAAAGUUUUCUUCAUUUUCUAUGUUAUAGCUACAAUUGUGUUUUUACUCUUUAUGUUUGUCAUGUGGAGUACUGCAGAAGAUGAUAGUGCCUGA